UGUAUGGAGGCACUGCGGCACAUUGCGCACACUUGCGGACUGCGUGGCUUUGCUUUCAAAACGAGAGCGGAAGACAGGAAGAGGGGAAAGACUCCACCAAGAGGGAGGGGAGGUCGGCUUCCUUUUCCUCUCAACACACGCAGCUAGAACACACCGGGAGACAGAGCACACUCUUGACCGAGGCAGGAGCAGAGGAAGAAAACCCGCGUCCAUCGUCAGGCGUUCUUCCGUGUGUGUUUGGGGGACACACUUGCGGACUAACAUGUGGGGAAGACAGAGCUCCUGACCGGCUCCACUUGGCGUGAAUCUCCGCUUGCUAUUGAGGAAAACAGAGGCGACAUGUUGAGGGUUUUUUUCGUCUUGAGGUUGCGGUAGGAUGUUGUGGCUCGAAAACAAGCGGCCAUCACAGUAGAAACGAAAAAAGCAUAUUCCUUAAGGACAUUUGGGCGGUCGGCAGCCAUUUAUCGUCAACGGUGCCUAUUUAAUUGGUUUGUUAUGGUGAGGAAUAGCAUAGGCCGCUUUCAGAGGCACCGUAAAUAGCAAGAAGGGGACGUAUUUGAUCAUUUUACCCAUACAAAGUCACAUGUAUAUUGUUGGGGAGUCGCAUUAGUCCAUAGUGUUGGAAAGGGGCUCACACAAAGGCCUGGGUUAUUUUAACCGCACUUACUCCAAGCAUAAAGCCUAGAAGCAAGCAAGGCCCCCUCCGGUUAGCUUAAAGAAGAAGAAAUAAGACCGGUUUUUUAAAUGUUAAUGUCGACCGACGUUGCAUCCAUCAUGCUGCCCGUGUCCCGCGGACUCAUGGAGCGGGAUAGAGAGCUGGACACCCUGGUCGGGGUGCACCCAAACGCGGGGGGCGCUCCUGCAACUGUCCGGGGAAUGAAGCGAGGAGACCCGGAGCCUGAUGGGCAGACGGCGGUGGCGCUGGUCGAAUCUGUCGGAGCUGAGUGCAAACGUCCUCGCAUGGACGGCUCGGGAACUAUCGGCGAGGUUGGACAGAACAAUGACCCACUGACCCUUGGUUACCAUGGAUACCCAUCUCACAGUCAGGGCUCUCAGGAUAGUACUUCUGGUCAGGAGGGGCUUGUACCUCCACCCUUCUCCACCUUCCCUCCACCACCGCCGCCACCCCCACAAAAUGGCCUUGCGCUGGAUUACGCCGGCAGCCUGUAUGCAGCAGGUGCGGUCCAGGGUCCCGUGGAAGCCGGCGGAGCAGCCAACAGUGUCGCCAACGUUUCCAACAGUCUCACUGGUCAAUCAGAUGGCUCCUCUCAGAUUGAUGGCCAGUCGGGCUCAGGAGGAGGAGGUGGCGGCAAUGGGAGCAUCGGCGAUGAUUCAGACGCCAAGGGGACACCCAAACGCCUCCACGUGUCCAACAUUCCCUUCCGCUUCCGAGAUCCUGACCUGCGUCAGAUGUUUGGGCAAUUUGGCAAAAUCCUCGACGUCGAGAUCAUUUUCAACGAGAGGGGUUCCAAGGGCUUCGGUUUUGUAACAUUCGAGACAAGUGCAGAUGCAGAGAGGGCCAGAGAGAAGCUUCAUGGUACUCUGGUGGAAGGACGUAAGAUUGAGGUCAACAAUGCCACAGCCAGAGUGAUGACCAAUAAGAAGAUGACAACCCCGUACUCCAAUGGAGAAGGCCUCGCAGCGCUACCAUACGCUGGCUGGAAGCUGAGUCCUGUGGUAGGAGCCAUGUACAGCCCUGAGCUCUACACAGUCCCAGGUUUUCCAUACCCAACAGCAGCGGCAGCUGCUUCCACGGCAGCAGCGGCUGCGACCUUUCGCGGCGCCCAUCUGCGGGGUCGUGCGCGGCCCGUCUACAGUGCAGUUAGAGCAGCGGUGCCACAACCUGCCAUCCCCACCUACCCUGGCGUGAUGGCCUAUCAGGAUGGUUUUUAUGGUCCAGCUGAUCUUUAUGGCGGCUACGCAGCGUACCGUUAUGCUCAGCCUACAGCGGUAGCGACACCUGCAGCUGCGGCGGCAGCGGCAGCAGCUUAUAGCGACAGCUACGGGAGAGUCUACACAGCUGACCCAUACCAUGCUGCACUCGCCCCAGCGGCCUAUGGCGUCGGAGCCAUGGCCACGCUGUACAGAGGAGGCUACAGUAGAUUUACCCCCUACUAAGGACACUACAGUUCCCUGGGGCUCUUCCAGUCAAUCCACCCCUGAAAGAGCUCCCUCUGUUGUUGUGGAAAUGGACUGCACCCAGCUUGAAGUCACCCACCCAGAGAGGUCCCAUGUUUCUUAUAUAUGCUACCACAGAAAUAGAGGAAUGCUUUAUCAAAGACUGAUGGCCGGUGGCCUUUACAUUACAUUAAAAGAAAAAAAAAGGAUUAAAAAAAAAAAAAGGCCACCUUCCCUACUGCACGGCUGUAUUAUAGUCCCCCCCCCCCCGUCACUCAACACUCAGCAGCACAACACUCUGGAUGGAGCCCAGAUGUUCUUCCAAAUGCUGUUUUUGUUGACCUUUUAACCCUUUGUCAGUCAUCUCUGACAAUGACGUGCACGACAAACACAAGCAACGGUCACAAGCUAGAAAGUGCACCUGCGCAAAAAAAAAAAAAGCAUUUUUGACCCUAAAACACCCACUGAUGGAUUCCAUGAUUCUUCCUGACUGGAUAGUAGAGAAAGGAGAGGAUUUCCAUUCCCAUUCCCACUGUGCUCCUGCGUAGGGACUCAACACGUGGCAGCUUGGAGACGUGUGAAAGCUGAGGGAGGGAGGGUAACUGGUGCCAGUCCUUACCUCAACUUUUCUUAGUAGAAACGUUGUACCUUUAAAAUUGCUCAUAUGCAAAGAAAUUAGUUUAGAGGCAAAGUUACCAAAUUUCUAAUGACUGUAAUUAUUCUCCCUUUAGUCAUUCUUGGAAGCAUUGUUUUGUUUGCCAUCCGUUGCUCUUUACUGGCACAGCGUGUUCUCCCCAGAAUUUAGUAGGAAGUGGUACAAUUAUUUUUAGGUUCAAAAUACUAUAUUCCCUCAUAUUGUGGCGUUUAUUUACUUAACUGCAGAGAGUACCGGGUGUCUUUUCAGUUUUAUACAAUUUUAAAAUAAUUUGACUUAAUGACACCAAUAUACUGUACAUAUAUAUCCGUGUGCAGUAGAUGCUGCAAUAUGUAACAUUUUUUCCGUCCACUACUUACUAUGUGGAAUAAAUCCAGUCUUACGCUCGCUUCCUCUUUAAAGUCCACAGCAAAUUCCAGCUUUACAGAUGCCAUGUGUGCUCCGUAGGUCAGGGGUCAGCAACGUUUUUUCUUGUGAGAGCUACUUUUAGAAAAUGAAAAUGGCCACGAGCUACUCAUUUUUGUAGAAACGAUUUUCAUACCUUUUUUCAACCCAAACAAAUCAAUUAUGCUUGUUUUACCAAAACAUUCACAAAAUGCUGGUAUCCACAACUCACAUUUUAUGUUUCAGAAUACAUUUCUUUCUAGUGUUCUCACAUUAUUAACUGAAAACCUGAAUGAAAAGGCCUGUGGGCACCUCAUGUGGUCGUGAGGGGCUACCUGGUGCCCGCGGGCACCACGUUGGUGACCCCUGCCGUAGGUGGUGUGUGUUGUAAAGACGUCCACCGCAACAAACAGUGGUGUCAUUCAUAGUAAAAGUCGGUACAGCAGCCCAGUGGCACCACUUUAUGGGUAAAGAAGCAUUCAUUUGAUUCAACGGCAUCUAUUAGAGGGGAGGCCACUAUAUGAGGAAAUACAGUAUGUUUUUCAAAGUCACUCCCAAAAGUGAACAUUAAUAAUCUUGUUGAUUUUUCUACUAAUUCCAUCAUUUAUUUUUAGUGUGAAAUCCUGCUAAAUUCUAAUUGGAGUUCAUCGAGGACGCACUGGGCUUAAGAAGAGAGAAACACAUCUGUACAAGUUAUAUUUUGCCUCUUUAUUCUAUAUCAUAACACAAUGUCACUACACUGUGUGAAAUCACCUCAGCACACGCAAAAAAACAAAAAAAAACACUACACUGACAACACUCAUUUCAGUUUUUUAGCUCUUGUAGAGAUUUAGAUAUCCCCCCCCAUGCUCCAUCUUUUAAUGAGCAAGUCCAACGUAAGCUGAUUAAGUCUUCCUGGGGAAAAAAUAAAAUAAAUAGUUGUUUUUGAGAUGCAGAGAUUUCUGGCAAGUUAAUGAGAAACAAACAUAUUUAAAUGCAAAACACCUUACUAUUGUGCAAAUUUCUAUACUAUUGUAUUCUAUAUUUCCAAAUGUGGCUUUUUUGGCUUUUGUUUUUUGUUCCAAAGAUUUGUAGAAAGCACAUUUUUCGGAUUAUAUGUAUAAAUAUAUUAUCUUUGUUAAUGUCAUAAUCCUUGAUGAUCCUGUUGCUGUCUUGAUUUACUUUGUUUUUUUUUUUUUUUUUAUAUCUGCAAGUGUUGUUUUUUCCUAAGACGGUGCAAGUUAAAUCAUUUUUAAAGAAUUAUUGAGUAAAUGGUAAGUCAUGCUGAGAGGUGACGUGAAGGUAUGCAUGAAACACUAGCAGACUGUUUAUGAGGUAAUUAUUUAGCAUGAGCCUUCAUGAAAAUAGAUUUUUGUCCUUAUGUCCAUAUAUUUUCAGGUGAAUGAGCAGCACUACUUUGCUUUUGCAGUGACUCCGUACAUUUCAAGAGAGCACAUCUGCACACAUCAGGUGUGAUUCUAAAUUCUGUGUGUGGCAGAUUUCUCCUUAUUUUUUAAUGUGCUGCUCGUACAAUUAUGUGCUGCUCACCAAGUAAGUCAUUUCUUUUUUAAAAAGGAUAUCUUCAUUGAGCUAUAGAAUGUGCUCUGGACUGAUCAAUGUUAAAAAAAAAAAAAAAAAAAAAAAAAAAGACUAGCCAAAGACGCUAACAGCAGUCCUGUGUGCAUUCUACAUUUCCAAGGCAUGGACAAGCCAGCAUGAAUGAUACUUGUCAAGUUAAAAAAAAAAAAAAAGACGAAAGUAGUUUUGCAUGAGUCUUGUGUCUUUCAUAUUUGGCUUUUUGACUGAAAAGUCCAUUUGCAUCCUUCCUCAAAUGAAAACCGUGAUGAAUGACAGGCAGCUAGCGGCCAGUGGACAUAGUGUUCACGUUGUCAUGGUUCUCCUGCCACUGUAUUAUAGUCAUCAGAGAACGUGGCCCCUCUUCUUCUUCAUGGUUGCUUUUUGUUCUCAAUGACUUAGUUUGAGUCUCCCUUUGACUGCCAUUAUGUUGUUUUCUUUUUUGUUAUUGAAUGUCCAUAUAACAUUUUAUAAAAAAUUGUUUUGUUGUGAUAA